AUCAUCUACAGCACUGACAGGGAUCAGCAGCUGCAGAGAGAGGGGGAGGAGAGACCAGAAUCUGAGAACAAUAGACUGGAAUGUUACAACAAUGGACAGGAGUUUAUCCGAUGGUCUUUACUGGCUUUCUCAGCCUUGGAUAUCAUUAGCAUCGCGAAUUCAUGAUGUACUGAUGGUUAUUCAAGGUGGUUACUAUCCCAUCCUUGCUAUAGUUGGUGUUCCCGUUAACGUAGUGACGAUCUAUGUCCUGCUUUAUAAAGAUUGUGGAUUGUCUCCAUGUGUCAGACGUUAUCUGGGGGCCAUGGCAGUGGCGGAUCUACUGGUCAUUAUCCUCGACCUGAUAUUGAGACAUAUUCCCAUUGUUUAUCCCGAACAGUUUUAUUUCCUGUGGUCCAUCCCCAUCCCCGUGUGUAAUAUCCACGCCAUCCUGCUUUAUGCAGCCACUGACUGUUCUGUCUGGUUCACCGUCACUUUCACCUUUGAUCGAUUUGUGGCCAUUUGUUGCCAGAAGCUGAAAAGUAAAUAUUGCAGUGAGAAAACAGCUGCUUUGGUUCUGGGAACAGUGACUGUGCUGAGCUGUUUAAAGAACAUUUUCUGGUAUUUUACGCUCACAGGUCGCUAUCGGCUGCUUAACGUCCCCUGGUUUUGUUUUGUAACAGAUGGUACUCAAUUCUCCCAUGUCUGGGCCACAAUUGAGUUCCUUCAUCACAUUCUAACCCCGGCUCUCCCAUUUCUCCUGAUUCUGCUGCUCAAUGUUUUCACCGUCAGACACAUUUUAGUGACCAGCAGAGCCCGCAGGAGACUCCGGGCUCACACCAAUGGGGACGGUCAGAGUGACACAGAAAUGAGAAAUCGAAAAAAAUCCAUCAUUUUACUGUUUGUGAUCUCAGCCAAUUUCAUCCUGUUAUGGUCAACAUUAAUGAUGUUUUCUAUAUGGUAUCGGAUGUGGUAUUUGGGGUAUUACUCUGUGUAUCUAGAUUGGUUUGUGCAGGAAUUGGGCUUCAUGCUGCAGCUCCUCAGUUGCUGCACAAACACCGCGAUUUAUGCCGUGACCCAGACUAAGUUCAGGCAGCAGCUGAAGAAUGUGCUGAAAUAUCCCUUUACCCAAAUUCAUCCAUCAAUCAAAUUCACUCAUUAAUCAAU